GAAAGCGAACGAUGGCAGAAGAAGAAACCAACAAUAGCUACUGCAGCAGUAGUGGCGAAGAAGAUGGUGAUGCCGCUUGGAAAGCAGCCAUCGACUCUAUCGCUGGAACCACUAACACUUACAUCGCUUCCUUCACGAAUGGCCGUUCCGCCACCAAACACAGCGACUCCAAUAAACACGAUGAUGAUACUGAUGAUCGACACCAUAAACCCAAAACCCAACAGAUUAAGCACUACCAAAUCAAGGCACAAAAGCUUCUGAAUGAGAUAUUGGAAAAAUCGAUAGAGAUAGUGAAAGAACCUGUCCCUGUCCUGGAUGAGGAUCCCAAGGUCAAUGAAUGCGGCAUUCGCUUGUUUAAACAUGCUCAACCAGGAAUAGUGUUUGAUCACGUAGAUGAACCUCAACCACCAAAGAAGCGACCUAGAAUACUUCCUGGAGCAGAUGCUAAUGAGAAAUCAAAGAAGUUCAGAAGACGGAUUCUAUCUGUUGCUGUUGAUGGGAUAGAUAUAAUGGCUGCAGCAAAUGAUGCAUACAAGAAGUCAAUAGCUAGAUUUGAAGCAAAAGAUGCAGCAGCAAAAGCUGCAGCCAAGAGAGAAGAGGAAAGGGUUGAAAAUUUGAAAAAGGUUAGGGGAGAGAGGUGGCUACCUUCCAUGGCCAAGGAGAUGCAGUUUAAAUAUCAACGUUGACUCUUUCCAUGCAUGCUUUGUUAGUGGAGCUUGUU